AACGGCUCGAGAUUGCGUCGUCUGCAUCACUACGCCAAAAUGGCAUCAGUUGAUAAACACGGGAGUGGUAGUGAUACGAACCUUACGAAUGUCGUUUCAAAUACUGCAUAAACAGAAGGGUUUCGAAUGUCAAAAUGGGACAGGCUCGGCACAAGAUAUGCAUGGUUUCAGACUUCUUCUACCCGAACAUGGGCGGGGUAGAAGAACACAUAUUCAACUUAUCUCAAUGUCUCCUGGGUCGAGGACACAAAGUUGUGGUUCUAACACACUCAUAUGGUGAUCGAGUGGGAAUACGGUACAUGACGAAUGGCCUGAAAGUAUACUACUUGCCAAUCAAAGUGUUUUACAAUCAGUGUGUACUUCCCACCAUGAUUUGUUCUCUUCCAUUGAUUAGAUAUAUUCUCAUAAGAGAACAAAUUCAAAUUAUCCAUGGACAUUCAGCAUUCUCUGCUCUUGCUCAUGAAGGCAUGUUGAUAGGGAGGCUGAUGGGGUUGAAGACUGUAUUUACAGACCAUUCGUUAUUCGGUUUUGCGGAUGCAUCUGCAAUUCUGACAAACAAGUUCCUUGAGAUAUCUUUGUCAGAUUGUAAUCACUGCAUAUGCGUUUCACAUACUGGUAAAGAAAACACUGUUUUAAGAGCAAAAGUACAAAUUGACCGUGUAUCUGUCAUUCCAAAUGCAGUAGACACUGCCCUGUUUACACCUGACAUUAGCAAGAGGAAUAAUGACUUUAUUACGAUAGUCAUAGUAUCUCGGUUAGUCUAUAGAAAAGGAGUAGACCUUCUAGCCCAUAUAAUCCCUGAGAUUUGUGCUAAGUAUGAAAACAUACAAUUUUUAAUCGGAGGUGACGGGCCAAAACGAUGGCUAAUCGAGGAAAUUAGAGAGCGAAAUUUAUUACAACACAGAGUCACGCUCCUUGGCAGCUUGGAACAUUCUCAAGUUAGACACGUUCUAAAUAAAGGUCACAUAUUCCUGAAUACGAGUCUUACCGAAGCUUAUUGUAUGGCAAUUGUGGAAGCUGCAUCUUGCGGAUUACAAGUUGUCUCAACACGAGUAGGUGGUAUUCCUGAAGUGUUACCACCAAAUCUAAUCUACUUAGUGGAACCAACAGUGCCUGCUUUAGUUCAAGGUAUAGAUUGCGCCAUAGCAGAUUAUGUUGCUGGUAAACAAAUGGACCCUUUUAAGGUGCACAAACGUAUAGCAUCGUUUUACAACUGGUUUAAUGUUACCAAACGCACAGAAAUCGUAUAUGAUUUAGUUGAGAAAGAAGAGCAGAAGAAUCUAGGACAACAACUGGCCAGCUACAUUCCAAGUGGCGUAUUACCUUAUCUAUUAGUGGUUUCAUUGUGCUACAUUAUUUUACAAGUGCUUGAAUAUCUUGUUCCUCAAAAGUACAUCGAUUUGGCAAGAGACUAUAGACAGACCGCUUCCGAGCCGCAUCUACACACCAAAGUGCCCAGAAAAAAAAAAGCCAACAAUGCUUGACGUUAGCUUAUUAGUAUGAUUAUAAUACCUAUUGCCCUACUAGAAAUAAGAAUUGUAAAUUUAUGAAUGUAUUAAGUGCGCAGUUCAAAUGUAUUAUUUCGACCCCCAAAUUUCGGGGUGCAAUGUAAGUAGCAAGAAGCAUAAUAUUGUCCUGUCUACAAUGCUUGGCUGAUUUUCUUUAAUUUUCUACGUAAUGGCAUACACUUUACAAAAAUAUCAUGAUAGUAUUUCUUUGAAACAGCAAACGCAAAGACUGCAAAUCAUUUUACUUCCUCAUUAUAGCAGUGUUAAUACAUUUCAAACAUGGUUGGAUAAUCAAAACUUGUACUGUACUAAUUUACAUUGUAUAACAGCACAUAAUUCAGUAUUUUUAUAUUACAUUUAUAUUGGCUGUUAACGAGGUACACUCUUUCACCGGGUUUUAUAAAUGCGAGUAAUAUUUGAAAAAUUUAGUUUUCAGUAAUAGAAGUCGACAACAUCAUAAAUGACUUAGAAUGCGGUAUAGUGAAUGAAAAUUACUUGAAUGACCUUAUGUGCCAUGAAACCAAAUCUCGAACCGCUUAGUCAAUUGUGACCUCGUGGCCUUCGACCAAUAAUAUAUUUUACGUAAAAAAUAGAAGUCCAUGACACGAGAUCGGAGCAACCAAAGAUUUACGAGUUAAAGUCUUGUGUAAUGGUAUACAGUAUAAAAGUGUUAAAUGUAUGUAAAAGUUUAUAGUGUACAGAUACAAUCAAUAAUUUAUGGCAUCCUAUGUAUAAACGACGAACAGUGUUGUUUGUUGGUUGAUAAUGUAAUAAUUCUAGAUAAACGUGAAAAUUCGUCAGGUUCUAAGGUACAAAGAUAUAAUGUAGAUUUUAUUAAAAGCAAUAUUCCAAUAAAA